UGGACUCAGUCGUUUAUUUGUCGUGUACUGGUUAAGACGUGAAAAUUAAUAGUAAUAACAUCACAUGGAGCAAGUGUUAGAAAAAUAUUGGAAUGAGAAAUUUUGGUUGCCCGAAAAUAUAACAUGGAAAGAUCUUGAGCCAGGCAUUAGAGACGGGAUUAUAUACAGGAAUUAUAAUGAUUUGUUGUGGUCAAUACCAUUGGCGAUUGUUAUCACUGCAUUGAGAUCGUGUUGCAUUAAAUAUUUCUUCAUACCUCUAGGUCGCUUUUUGCAAAUUAAGUCUAAGAAAGUGAAAACACCAUUUGAAAAUGCUGUGCUCGAGAAGAUGUUUAAAAAAUGUCACAAGCUACCAUCAGAUAUGGAACUAGCGAAUUUAAAGAAGCAAACUGACAUAUCGAAAAGAGAAAUUGAGAGAUGGUGGAGGAAGAGAAGAGCUCACGAUCGACCGACUUCAAAAGACAAAUUUGGUGAAAACUGCUGGCGCUUCUUGUUUUACAGUCUUAACUUUAUAUUCGGCCUGUCAAUUUUAUGGAAUUCAUCAUGGAUGUGGAACUUUAUUGAUAUGUUCCGUGACUAUCCAAGACAUUCACUUGAAAAUGGUCUUUGGUGGUAUUACAACAUUACUCUGGCAUUCUAUUCAUCACAAACAUUCCUUCACUUCUUCGAAACCCGCCGUAAAGAUUUUUGGCAAAUGUUCGUUCAUCACAUCCUCACAAUCACAUUAAUAAUGGCAAGUUGGACUGUUAAUGGGCGAUUCCAUGAGUGAAUUUUUUUUUCUCAACUCAAUUUUUUGUAAAUAUUUCCUUAAUUAACUUCAUUUAACGCCAUAUUUAAGAUUUAUUAUAUCUUGUUGGAAGGAGCAAAAGCAUUAAAAUAUACAAAGUAUGACAAAUUGGCAUCAGUUACCUUUGUAGCAUUCACACUUGUAUGGAUCAUAACACGAUUGGGAAUUUUCUCAAGAAUCGUUCACUGUGGAAUUUUUGAGUUUCCAACACUUUUCUCGCCAUAUCCAAUUUACUAUCUUUUAGCUAUAAUGAAUGUGUUCCUUCUUACCUUACAUAUUGUGUGGACUUAUAUGAUCUUUCAAAUUGCAAUUAAAUUGAUUACACAUAAUAAGUUUGAAGAUGUAAGGUCAAGCACAGAAGAUGAAAGUGUCAGUGAUCAUGCUAGUGAUGCUAAGAAUGGUGUUAAAAUGAAUGGAAAUGGAGUGUCAGCAAAUGGUCAUGCUAAAAAUGGAAGCGUUGUGCAUUAAAAAG